CAAAAGCAAAACUUUAAUUUGCUAAGCAGAGACCACAAUGGAGUUUGGCAGCAAUUCAUGGAAACUUGAAGAGUCACAACUAAACAACAAUUCAAAGCAAGACCUUUGUGGUUCUGCCAUUGGAAGAACUGAACCCACCAUGAAGGAGGAAGUGGAGAGAUUUCAUAAACUAGGUGUUAAACACGAAGUUGUGAAGACUGUUCUUGAGGCUCAAAACAUGAUGUUGGAAGCAAAAAGUAGAGAUUCAAAAAUUGACCAACGUGUUGGUGAACUCAUUGAACAACAACAGGAUCUUGUUAGCUUCAAAAAAGAAUACGGCUCAACUGUGGUUACUUCAAUAAACAGAAGGGACAGAGAAAUAGAACUUGUGUGGCCUGCUCUUCAACAUCCAACACACCAUUAUGAACACAUAGUUGACAGCAUCCCAGACCCAGAACAAAUUCAUGAGCAUUCCCUAUUGUCUGAAUGGUGUAUCUACAAGGUGCCUACUACUUUAUUGAAGGUGAAAGAGGUUUCCUACACUCCUCAAUUGAUCUCAAUUGGCCCUAUGCACCACAACAAACAAGAACUAAAGGAAAUGCAAGAGCAGAAACACAUAUACUAUUCUUCCUUUCAGGCACGCCUAGUGAACAAGAAUGAUUUAAUGCACUACACAUCCUUCCUUGAACAUGAAGAGCAACACUUACGCCGUUGUUACCAAAAGAAAUUCUCCAACAUCAGCAAGGAGCAAUUUGUGCACAUGAUACGGUUGGAUGCAGUGUUCAUCAUGGAGCUGAUUCUGCGAGAAGCAGAAAGGGAGAAACAUAAGAAUGACUAUCUAGUAACUCAAAGAUGUGUUAGCAAAAGCAUCCAACGUGACUUGAUGCUGCUUGAGAAUCAGAUUCCAAUGACAGUGUUGGAAAAACUACAUGAAUAUGAUACUGUCCCAAGCAGUGUCAAAAAACCCACCAGAUUCAUUGAGCUUGCCCAUAACUACUUUAUAUCUUAUUAUCCUCAUCAACAAAAAAGCAUGUUUGAGCCAUGCAAGUGGGAGAACAAGAACAUACUACAUUUCACUGACCUAAUUAGAAAUUCCUAUCUCCCUAAGGAACUGAGAAGCCAGGCAAAACAUUCUCAAGAGGAGUGUCUGCUAAGGACUGCCACAAAGUUGAAUGAGGCUGGGAUAAGCUUUGAGAAGGUUCAUAAUAGAUGCUUACUUGACAUAAAGUUUGAGAAGAAGAGAUUCUUCAGCUGGUUUCUUUGCUUGGGUUGUUUGCCACGUUGCAAGUUGUUCAAAGCAAGGUUUCAAAUCCCCCAGUUGAAAGUGGACCACACAACAGAAUGUGUUCUUAGGAACCUAAUAGCCUUUGAGCAGUGUCACUAUCCUGAGGCGCCUUUCAUUUGCAACUAUGUUUUUCUAAUUGACUCUCUUAUUCACACCAAAGAUGAUGCAGAGUUGCUGGUUGAGAAAGAAGCUAUUGUACAUGAACUAGGGAGUGAUCAAGAGUUAACGAAUCUGGUUAAUGGUCUUUGCAAACAUGUAGUGACAGAUUCAACAUGCUACCACGAAAUUAUUGAAGAUGUUAAUGGACACUACAACAACAAGUGGAAGUGGGCAAUGGGUACAUUAAGGUGGGUUUACUUCCGUGAUCCUUGGAGAAGCAGUUCUACUAUAGUCGGGGUUGUUGUCCUAGUAUUCACUAUCUUCAACUUUUACCGUGUUAGUGAUAUGCUCUUUUAGUAAGGGCCCUCCCUACAUUUAACACAUGCUGGUGUUUUCUUUCCACUCUUCCAUUUUGCUGGGAUGAUUCUACACAACAAGUUUGAUGAAUAAUGCCUUUUGAGGCAUAAAAUUGAUUUAUGAGAAACUCAGGUCCAUUAUCAGUUCUGAUUAUCUUCACUUUUGCAUCAUACUAUUUUUCAAUUUUCAGAAUAAGGUGUUGUACAGGUUCUCUAGUCUCAGCUUUUGAUUUUGUCAAUAUUAUCCAUGUGAACCGACUGAAAUCAUCAAGGGCUGUCAAGAAAUACUUGUGACCAUGUACAGAGGAAACAAAAAUAGGUCCCCAUAUAUCAAAGUGUAUUAAUUCAUAAGGCUUAGAAGCUCUACUUGGACUUAACCGAAAAGACAACUUUCUAUGUUUGGCAAAAUGACACACAUCACAAGCAGAGUUUUCAUUCGCAGUAAUAAAUGGAAAUUGUUCAUGAAUGAUUUGUAAUCUAGAAUGUGACAAAUUUCCUAAACGAAAAUUCCAUAAGGCUUCUUGAGGUAAAUGCUGCAAUUCUGAAACUGAGGAGUUUGAGGCAAAAACAUUCUUUGCUCCAACUACUAGGUGAUACAGCCCUUCAUGUCUUUCAGCCAAACCAAUCAUUCUCUUGGUUUUCUGCUCCUGAAUCAAGCAUUCAAAAGUAGUGAAAGUAACUAUACAGUUCAUGGAAGCACAUAACUUUGUGACUGAUAGCAAGUUGAGAGAAAAAUCAGGAACAUGAAGGACUUCACUAACACAAAAACCAGGAGAAAAUGUUACAGUUCCAACAUAUUUUGCAAGUGAAAAAUGACUAUUGGGAAGCCUGACACUAACAGGUUCAAUGGAAUGAUAAUUAUCAAAGUGCUGCAAAGAAGAGCAUAUGUGAUGACUUGCUCCCAAAUCAACAAUCCAAGAGCCAACUUUGCAAUUAUUUACAGAGAAGGAAAUGUGUUGUAUACCUUUGUUUGGAUUCUCAAUAGGUGAUUUACCAUGAGGGGAGGCCAAGCUGACCUGGUUUGUGGAAAUAUUUGUUUGCUAGAUAAGACUUAACUACUUCUCAUAUUGCUCUUGUGUGAACAUAGGUGGCUCUGCCUUGAUCUCUUCAUUCAUACUAGCAUUCUCCUUGUACUCAAAAGCUUCACUAGCAGCAUUGCUUGAGCCAUUUCUCUGCCAAUUUGGAGGAUAACCAUGCUUUUUGUAGCAUGUCUCUAUGGUGUGUCCUGAUUUACGACAAUAUGUGCACAUUUUAUUUCCAUUUUUGUUGUUUGUUCCUGCAGUAUAGCUUCCUCUUCCUCUUCCUUGUGACUUUUUGUAAUCAACAGAAUUAAUUAAGAUCUUUGACUCAUCAUUGCUUAUGAAACCAAUUUGUCUUUCAUGUUGAAGUAUGUCAUGGGC